GUGUUGAACACAAAACCACAACAAUCUUACUUGAUGGUAAAAGGGUUCGUCUACAGCUUUGGGAUACAUCAGGCCAGGGGCGUUUUUGUACAAUUCUUCGAACCUACUCGAGAGGUGUUCAGGGUAUUUUAGUGGUCUAUGACAUCACAAACAGGUGGUCAUUUGAUGGCAUUGACAGGUGGCUCAAAGAAAUUGAUCAACAUGCUCCUGGAGUACCCAAGAUUCUGCUGGGAAAUCGUCUUCACCUUGCAUUCAAGCGUCAGGUCACCACCAUUGAUGCUCAACUGUACGCCUUGAAGAAUGGCAUGGCCUUCUUUGAAGUCAGUUCCUUAUGCGACUUCAACAUCUUAGAAUCCAUGACAGAACUAGCUAGAGUUGUCCUGAAACGAAAUGGAAUGGAACGAGUCUGGAGGACAAAUAAAGUUUUAAGUUUACAAGACUUCUGUUGUCGUGUGAUAGUAAAUUGCACAAGUACGUACGCCAUGGAGAAGCUGCCUCUACCACCAACACUUCGAUCACGUCUCAAAUCUUUUGCAGAUGCCAACCACAUGCAUCGAUAUAUGUUACCACAAACAGAUUUAAGAUCUAAAAAGAGGCGCACAAUCCUCAAUCCUUCCGACCCACCGUUUUCACAAAGGAAGAGCUGUAUUAUAUCAUGAUUGAAUUCUCCUCUAAUAAGCAUGUAAAUAGUUCAUCUAUGAAACAACCAGAUUUGUGAAGAUGCAAAUAUUGAAAUGAGUUUGGAUAUUUUGGUUGUGAGAAGGUGUGCUUCCUACUGAGUCAGAUGAUAGGCAGUCAACAAGGCUUGCUUGAUGGUAGUCUGGCAAGAGAAUAGGUAUUACUAAUUAUAACAGUCACUCUAUAAACAAAGAAAAAGCCUAUGAUUUUGUAUUAGAUUGAUGUUUCAUAUUGUAACCGUUUGAACAGGUAAUUGUGACUGGUGAAGGUGUUUGUCAUGUUUGUAGAUUACCCAGUUUAAGGGACAAAUGAAUGCCUUGAAGUUGACUUAUUGGUGCCAUAGAUACAGACUGUUGGUAUUGUAUACUUUUUUAUGAUGUCAUCUAUAGACUUGAAGCAAAGUGGCUCACAUCAAUAGGCUUUUUCAUAUUUUAAUGAUAUACAUACAUAACAUACAUAUGGAUUUAUGUAUAGGGGGUGGAUAAUAACACCCACUGGGUGGGAGUGUGGUUUGGGAGUGGGGGAGGCUUCCCCUUCCAUUUGAGAUGCUUUUGGAAUUAGUAGAUGGCUAGACGCUCUUAGAUGGCAUCUGAAACGAAGUUAUGUUUUAUCAGAGUAGCCUACACUACAGGAUAAGCACACCCACAAGAGGAGUGACCAUUUUU